UGUAAUUUCGAUUUCUUCUUUCUCAAAAUUUUAGUAUUUAAGCCAAGCAUAAUAAGAAUUGCUUACCGACACUCCUUUGCUCACUCGCUUCAAAGACUGACCUCUACGCCUAUUUUGCCCAGCAUUGUUGUGUCUAUUCCAAUCAGUAAGCUAUGUCCUACUAUGAUGGCGAUCCAAAUCUGUCAGCUACGCCAAAAGUCGUCCCGCCAACAGGCUCAGACUACAUAAAAUCAACAGCAAAAGAAGAAGCCGGCUCCAAAGCACCUCCAACUCCAUUAGGACCAGCAGCAGCUCUUCCAGAACGGCCAAAACUUCCAGAGAUGGAGAUUCCUGACUCGUUAAUGCUUUCUCCAGCAGCAAUGGCAAAACGACAGGAGUCACAAGAAGCCCAUACAGCGUCUAGUGAAAGUGAAGGGAAGGGAGGCUCUUUUAGCAACCUCAGUUUAAGGCCCCCACCUUCGAUGAUGUCCAACCGCGAGGGAGCUACUGCUGGCAUCAAUCCAAGUGAGAAUUUUUCAGAUUUUUGUUCUCAAAAAUGGCUAUCAAUUUUUUAUUUAGGUGAGACAAGAUCAAGAAAUACUACAAUGAGCAAAUCUGCAAGUUCGGCAGUCUUCAAUCGAAUUGACCUCUGCGAAUUUAUCCGCCGCCAUCUAGUCCGAGGUCGCAAAGGCUAUCGAUAUAAAUUUGGGCAACUCCAGCAGCUCGUCGAUCGUGCAGUUGAUUCUCUUCAACAACAGCCGACGCUAAUUGAAACAACAGGGCCAAUCCAUGUUUGUGGCGAUUUGCAUGGGCAAUACACAGAUCUCUUGAGGAUUUUUCAUUCCUGUGGACCUCCACAUCGAACGCGUUAUUUGUUUCUUGGCGACUUUGUUGAUAGGGGUGGAAAUUCGUUGGAGAUCAUUUGCCUGCUGCUCGCUUGUAAAAUUCAGUAUCCCAAGCACAUUUUUCUGCUACGUGGGAAUCACGAAUUGCAUCAUAUCAACAAAGUUUAUGGCUUCUAUGAUGAGUUGGUACGUCGUUUUGGAGCGGAACAGGCUGAACAGUUGUGGAAUGACUUUAACGAUGCUUUUGCCUAUUUGCCUUUGGCUGCUCUGAUUGGAGGGAAAAUCCUGUGCAUGCAUGGUGGCAUUUCCCCUCAUCUAAAAUCACUGAACGACAUUCGAUCAAUGAAGCGGCCAAUUGCUAUGGUUAUCUCACCCGGAUUGGUUCAGGAUUUGCUUUGGGCAGAUCCAAAUACGGAGAAACCUAAACCGCCAGACUGGGAACCUAAUCCCUACAGAAAUUGCUCUGUUAUGUUCGGCCCUGAUGCAGUUAGGCAAAUGUGCAAAACUCUUGGCGUUCAUAUGAUUAUGCGAGCGCAUCAGGCUGCUCAAUAUGGAUAUUCAACCUUUGCAAACAACCAACUAAUCACUGUAUUCUCAGCAGUUCGAUAUAAUCCAGAAACUAACAAUUGGGGUGCUGUUGCUAAAAUUAGUCCGGAUUUGGAAGUUUCCUUUGCUCUAUUCAAACCAAAGGAAUUCAAAGAACCCCAGGCUAAGCAGUAA